GGCGGAGCCGAGCGGCAGAGGCGGCGCGGAGCAGGUGAGGCCGGGGCCGGUGCGGGGCCCCCGGCCACCCUCGCAGGUCUCCAGGCAGGCUCUCGCUGCUGAGGACCCCUCACUCUGCCUAGGGCAGGGCCUGCUUCCUCCAGGAUGGCGAGAUGGCUGCCCCGCUCCACCGACCUGACCCGCUUCUGCCAGAAACUCAACCGGGUGAAGACCCUGGAGGACGACAUGAUGGAGACAUCCUUCAACAGAUGCCUUUCCACCAUCGACUUGACGCUGCUGGGCAUCGGAGGCAUGGUGGGCUCCGGGCUGUAUGUCCUCACRGGCACUGUGGCCAAGGAGAUCGCCGGCCCUGCCGUCAUUGUCUCCUUCAUUAUCGCCGGCUUUGCCUCUCUCCUGGCUGCUCUCUGCUACGCCGAGUUUGGAGCCCGCGUGCCCAAGACAGGCUCUGCCUACAUGUUCACCUACGUGUCCGUGGGUGAGAUCUGGGCUUUCCUCAUUGGCUGGAAUGUACUGCUGGAGUACAUGAUCGGGGGGGCUGCGGUGGCCAGGGCCUGGAGUGGCUACCUGGACUCCAUCUUUAACCACAAGAUCAAAAACUUCACUGAGACCCACGUGGGUGCCUGGCAGGUGCCAUUCCUGGCCCGCUAUCCAGACUUCCUGGCGGCUGCCAUCCUGCUGGUAGCCACUGCCUUCAUCUCCUUUGGGGCCAAAGUGUCCUCCUGGCUCAACCACGUCUUCUCGGCCAUCAGCAUGGGCGUCAUCCUCUUCAUCCUCAUUAUGGGCUUUGUCCUCGCACARCCCAAGAACUGGAGCACCCAGGAGGGUGGCUUUGCCCCAUAUGGGCUGUCGGGCAUCAUGGCUGGCACAGCCACCUGCUUCUAUGCCUUUGUGGGCUUUGACGUCAUUGCAGCCUCCAGUGAAGAGGCCAGGAACCCUCAGAGGGCUGUCCCCAGGGCCAUCGCUUUCUCCUUGGGGCUGGCCACUGGCGCCUACAUCCUAGUGUCAGUUGUGCUGACGCUGAUGGUGCCCUGGCACACMCUGGACCCUGACUCUGCCCUGGCCGAUGCGUUCUACAGGAGGGGCUACUCCUGGGCAGGGUUUCUGGUGGCUGCUGGCUCUAUCUGUGCAAUGAACACAGUUCUGUUGAGCAACCUCUUCUCCCUGCCGCGCAUCGUCUACGCCAUGGCCGAGGACGGGCUCUUCUUUCAGGUCUUCUCCCGAGUGCACCCCCGCACACAGGUGCCUGUGGUCGGCAUCGUGGUCUUCGGGCUGCUCAUGGCCUUGCUGGCCCUCRUCUUCGACCUGGAGGCCCUGGUGCAGUUCCUGUCCAUCGGCACACUGCUGGCCUACACCUUUGUGGCCGCCAGCAUCAUCGUCCUGCGCUUCCAGCAGCAGAAGGGGGAUGUACCCGUGCCAGCAGCCGGUGGCCGGCCYAACCCCGAGCCCCACGAGGGCCCAUCCGGCGGUGAGCUGAAGGAGUAUGAGUCCUUCUCUGACAAGCUGCAGCUGGUGGACAGAGACAAGAGCAAAGAGCAGCGGGAGCCAGGRCAGCUGAAGGCAGCAUUUGAGCCCUACCUGGAGUUCCUCAGCGACUUCUACCCCGGUGAGGUGGUCACAGUGGCYGUGGUGACCCUGAUGGUGUCUGCCAUCUGCCUCUGCUCCAUCUUGGUGUUUGGCAACACCCACCUCCACCUGCCUACCUGGAGCUACUCCCUGCUGCUGGUCCUCUUCAGUCUGGGCUUCCUGCUCAGCCUCCUCCUCAUAUGGGCACAUGAGCAGCAGCACAGCACCCAGACCUUCCAGAUUCCRCUGGUACCCCUGUCGCCAGCACUGAGCAUCAUCCUCAACAUUUACCUGAUGCUGAAGCUCAGUUACAUGACGUGGCUCCGCUUUGCCAUCUGGCUCCUCUUAGGCCUGCUCGUCUACUUUGGCUACGGCAUCUGGCACAGCAAGGAGAACCUGCGGGAGCCACGGCCCCAGCGCRUCAGCGCCCGCUACGUGGUGUUCCCGGGUGGCAGCCUGGAGGAGAGGGUGCAGGCAGUCCAGCCCAGCUCGCAGGCAGCCUCCGGCCUGCCCGACACCGACACCGAYGACUGCAAGAGAUGACAGCCCUGGGAACAGGGGCGCCUGGAGAUGGGAGCAUCGGAAUCCCCUCCCACAGUGAGGCCUUAGAGCCAUCCCCCUCCUGGUCCUUCUGACAGCAGAGCCGCUGGGGCUGCCCUGGGAGUGGCGCUCCAUCUGGAGAGGAUGMGGAUGCUCGCCCUUCCCUGUGUGCUCCCGACAGAGCAUGGAGGGGCCAGCUGCCUCCAUCCCCAUCCCCCGCACUCGGGAGCUGGGUCUCAGGCCAGUGCCUGCCCUGCUCWUGAGGAGCCGUGUCCUUGUCACCUCUGCCUGAGCACACCGUGGCACUGUGCAGCACAUCUCCUGUCUGCCAGCACAUCCAAGCAGCCGGGGAUGCAGAGGCUCCCCAGGGACCGGGACAGGCAGCCCAACGCUGCCUAUCCUGACCYUCGUCCUGACUGCAGCCCCUCUGCCUCCUGCGGAGUCCCUUUCGGAAGGAGGCAGGGGCCAGUCACGCAUCCCCACAGGCACCCCCGCCAUCCCCAUCCCCAGGGCUGCUCUCCUCAAAGGCUGGGGCUGAGGGGGCUGAGGGACAGCUGCAGACAUGACAUGGAGAAGGGAUGUGGCCAGAGUGGGUGGCUGGGCAGGGACCCCAGGAAAACCAGUGGAGGYUGGCACGGCAGCAGCCCAACUGCAUCUUCCCAGCCGCUGGAAUUGGCUGCCUGAGGGUGGGCUGGGGCCCUGCCUGCUGCAAGACAAUGCCAUGGCCAGGCUCCUGCCUCAGCCCUGAGCAGGGUAUCCGCUCUCAGGAGUCCAGGUAUGUUGCCUUGUCCCUGGAGAUCCCCAGUAGCAUCACUGGGCUGAUAUGCCUGGAGCUCCCCACUUCUACAUCCCAGCAGCACCACCUGCCCCACCAUGGGGAGCUCAGCCCUCCAGGAUGCCCCUUCUGGGCUCUCUGGGGCUUGGGACAGGCUCAGUAGGUGCUUUUCAGUAUUGCCCCCUCCCCAGCAAUCAUYCCUGUGCUCUGGGGUCAUCCCAGCUGCAAGGGCGUCAUGGGAGGGUCCCCAGCAGCACUGCUGCAGCCACCCCUGGYUGUUUUCCCUGUGGGCAGCCUAAAGUGGAAGGGAAGAGGACUUCAACAUGUUUUGGAAGCCAGUUGAGCGUAAGGUUGCCAACCUGAUAGACCUUGCAGCAUGGACACCCUGGUCCAUCCUAAUCCUCUGCAUGCUGCGAUGAGCUGGGGACUGUGGGCAAGCUAGUCCAUUACUCCUUGCUGGCCAGUCCCUGGAGGGCCCURGAGAGGCUGUGGGGACCCUCAGUAGGAUACGCUGGCUCCUGGUGAACCCAUACUGUCUGCCAGCAUCUCUCUGUGUCCUGCCUCGUCCCUGCAUUGCUGCUGCCAGAGCUGUGACCCCGCUUGGCACCUCUGUGUCGUGGCUUGUGAGCAAUGGGCUGAUUUGGUCACCCUUAUAAACACUGUUUCUGUGAUGGCUCUGGCUGGUUGUGCUCUCUGUGUCCCCAAGACUCAAGGURGGAAGCUGGUCCCCAGCCAGUGGGGAGAGGGGGGAUUGUGCUGYCCACUGCCACCAUGCGUCCACUGGGGUUCCAGUCACAAGGACAAGCUCCAGCCAGACCCACAGAAACCAGGACCCCACGGGGCUGGGGUAGGCUGGGAUUUGAGCCUUACAAUACACAAAUACCCUGAUAGUGACCCAGAUGGGAGUGAACACUCCUGUGAGCAGCGAGGAUGGUGCUGASCAGCACCAGGACAGAGUUAUUAAAGCUGCCCAAGGUUAAGACCUAAACGGAUGGGAAAAGUUUGUAAUUAAUGGGAAUUAAAGGAUAACAUGCAGAUACUCCCAUCCCCACACUGCUGUUCUCUAGGGAAAUGUCCUUCCUGAGAUAACMGAGUCCUUCUUCAUUAAAAAGCAAGUGUUCAACAGGCACCUGGGGAGGCAGAGGCUUAAUCCUCCUUAGCAAUUCAGCUUUAAUCUUGGUCAUAAAUCCAUUGUCAGCAGGACAAAGACAUGUAAAAAGAUUCUCAGGGACAUGGGAGGAGAAGGGAGCCCAGCACAGGGCUGGGGAAGGGCAGGAAAGUCCUCACAGAGAGGGAGUGGCUGAAGGUGGCUUUAAUGUUCCCCUGUGGAGGAAAGUCGGUGGCAGUCACAUCUCUCAGAUCUCCUAGCAGGGGUCUCCAUCAGCCUUUUAAGCUGCAAAAGACCAAAGAAUUGUUGAACGAGUCUCGUAACCAUUGAUAUUUAAACUAUUUUAAAAUAUUAAUUUGUAAAAUUUCACAGAAGUCCCUGUUGGGCUGUGGCACACAAAGCACRGCAUCCUCUCCCAGCAGAGCAGGGGGUGUCAGGGAUGCAGCCCGCAGGAUAUUAAAGGAUUGAAGAGUAAUUCCCAGGCGCCUGAGAGGCCAGUGGGGCCUCUUGAGCACACUUGUGGGGCUUUUUUUAAUAGRAUUACAAAAUUAGUCAGUUCAUGUCUCAUAAACCAUCCCACUGCAGUAACAUGCUCUGCACAGAACAUGUAUGAAUUGUAUUUUAAUUGACUACUCAUUAAUGCACACAGGAAAAAAGGGGAAUGGCAGCAGCCACUGACACCCAGACAGCCCUUCUACAGGAAUUUGUUCCUGAAAAUUGUAUCAGCAGAGAAAAGAAAAUAAAACCAAACUAAACAGCAUCAGCAGGGUUUUGAGAURGCAGCCUGUAAUUGUAAGAGAAAACAAAAGUUCCCCAUCCAUACCCCCAAUUCCAAACAGAUUUAAAACAMAAUAAUUCCCGUGUGCACCUCCCAGAGCCCUGUUUCAUGGAGCUCUAAGAGCAGCCAUUUGCUACAUCCCUGUGGCUGAUGAUACACCUGUUUUCCASAGCAGCAUCUUUCUCAAAAUUAGCUUGAAAAUAUAAAUAAAGUCUUAUU